UAUUUCAACGCGGUACGCAAGAUCGAUCCGCAUACACUUUCUUUUCCAAAUGUCAAAAGUUUAGUAAAUUGAAUGAAUUCGGUCAUUUGAUUUAGUUUGUUGAUAGCUAAAAGAGUUUUUCUUUGAUUUUCGAACGUUAUGUAAAGGCAUUAAGUACAAUUCAGUAAAGAUUUAACGGAGAAAUUAAACAUGGGACCAAAUUGUGUAAUAAAUUUUGAAAAUAAUCCAGAUAAAGUGGUUUACUCAAAUGACUUACUUCAUGGCAAUGUUCAGUUGAGAUUAACUGAAGCAAAAACUGUUCGCAGCGUAUUUAUAAAAUUUAGUGGAGAUUCGCACACAGAGUGGUAUAUAAAAAAACGGGAUAGAUCCAGCAAUCACAAUCGCACCAAACGAAGAUAUUAUAGAGGCCAUGAAAAUUUUUUAACUAAAAGAAUUUCAUUGGCUGGCGGAGACAAUGGUUCAAUGCAACUUGGGCGUGGAGAACACAACUUCAAUUUUCAGUUUAGAUUACCUGCUCACUUACCAUCGUCUUUUGAAGGGACAUUCGGAUUUAUAAGAUAUGUAGCUACUGUUGUUCUUGACAUUCCAAAUUGGCCCGACGAUGAGUUUGAACAACCAUUCACCGUUAUUAAGCCACUUGAUCUAAAUGAUGAAUUGGAACUUCGUAAUCCUGUUGUCGUUGAAGAAAAUCAUACGUAUUAUCCUUGCUUUUUACUGUGCUGCUUUCCAUCGGAUCCAUUGUCAAUAGUCGCUCAAAUGCCUGUCGGCGGUUAUGCGCCAGGUCAAACGAUAAAUCUGACACUCAACGCAGACAAUCGAAGCAACACACGAGUGCCGGAAUUUAAGAUGGAAUUGGUACAAAGCAUCACGUAUUAUGCAGAAGGUGAUAGUAAGCAUCAAACCAUUUGCAUUGUGGAGAAAGAAUCAUCACGUGGUGUUGAAACAAAUCAGAAACGAAUAAUACGUAUUAACUUAGAAGUUCCAUCAUUUCCACCAAGUGACGAAACGACCAGCGGCAUCAUCAAAAUUAGAUAUUUUAUUCGCAUAAGCGGUUCAGGGACCUGCUGCGAUAAUCCAGAAAUAAUAUUACCCAUCACAAUUGGUACGAAACCAAUAGAAGACUUUGCAGAGACAGUGAUUCCAGAUGCGUAUAGCCCUUCUGCUCCUUUUGCUCCCAACAUUCAACCAUCAGCUCCACCAAUGAUGAAUAACGAUUCUGCACCACCAUAUGUAGUAGAUGAACCGCCGACCUAUGAAGAAGCUAUACAUUCGAAAGGCUCGACAGGCAAUAAUUACAAACCAAAAUAUAGAAUGUUCAGGCGUCAAACUUCAUACUCUUUGAACGGAAACUAAAUAUACAUGGCUUUUUAUUGAAUUUACACGGUAUUUUUUUGCAAAUACAGCACCAUAUAUUUUUUUGACUUUUUAUCUACCUCACAUUUUGACAAUUGUACUUUCUAAUGUUUACUCAAUAAAUCGAUAAUCAAUCAUACUUGUU